UCUUGUUCCCUAGCCUGGCCAUCAGCAAUGAAACCGAUGCCUGUCUUGGAGAAGGCAGACAGCUUCUAGGACCUAUGUUCAAGGAACAAAACGUAAACCACUAAUCCAAAAUGAAAAUUCAUGGCAUAACUGCUCAUAAACUCAGACACGGGUUGCAGCUUAUUGCGCGUUCUGCUCCAGGGCUUCAAGUAUCGCUUGCUGCAACUAUACUGGGUGUUGCUGGAUUGGCUUACGCCGUAAAAGAUAUCAAAUUCUUGAAUCUUAGCAGUUUGAAAUGGUCUUCAGGCUCCAACACUUGUUCCGACGAUUCUAUGCUACUACCAGGCCUGCAAAAUUUUGGAAACAAUUGCUUUUUGAAUGCAGUUCUCCAGGCAUUAGCUAGUUGUCAGAGCUUCCGGAACUUUCUCGAGGAACUAGUUUCUGAAGUUGGGGGAUCAUCCACGGAUGGCAGUGAGGAAAACUCGUCUCUUGCCGAUGCUUUAUUUUGGUUGCUAGAAGAACUCUGCACACUUCAACAUGGAAGAACUGUAUUAAGUCCUCAGAAACUGAUGCACGCCAUGAAUGAAUAUAUUCCAAAUUUCAACAUGACAAGCCAACAGGAUGCAGAAGAAGCGCUAUAUCACCUCUUAUCUUCUUUAAGGGAAGAGUUGUCAGAGUCUUAUGUCCAUGAAUGUAUCUCUUUAGCGGAUGUGACUGGUCUUCCUAACUGUAGAGUUCUGGACUUAAAGAAGUCAAGAAAAAGUGAACCAGAAAGGUGGAGGCAAUAUUUUAUUGGGCCUUUUUAUGGGAUUCUUUGUAGCAGCUUAAUGUGCCAAAGCUGUUCGCUUCAGAUAUCUUUGGAUUUUCAGCUUUUUCAGAGUUUGCAUCUUCUACCAAGAGCUGACUAUGAUGGGAGUAUUGUGGCCAGAUGCCGUGUGGAGGAUUGUCUAAGGCGGUUCUUGGUGGCAGAGCAACUUGAGAGUUACUAUUGUAGUCACUGUUGGCACAUUGCUGCAAUAAAGUAUGCAUCUAAAAUAAUUGUAGAUGAGAUUGCUGUUAAAAAACUGAAGCUCUGCCAGGAGUUAGAUUCAUGUGAUUGCAAAGAGAUGUCAUGUCUCAGAGCAUUGCCAUGGUCAAAUGAAUUUUCGCGUACCUUCAAGCAAUUUAGUAUUGCUCACAGCCCGCAAAUCUUGUGCAUCCAUCUCCAACGCGCCUCGAUUAAUGCCUUCGGAGAAAGUGUCAAACUUCAGGGCCACAUAUCUUAUCCGUUGAUAUUGGAUAUGUCUCCAUUUACAAAGACUCAGCUGGGAACAAAGGAAUGUGAAGGAGGGCAGCAGAUUAGUCUAACGAAUUGCAUCAGGCAGAGAACAGGAAUACCCUCUUCAUAUGCCAAAGAUGGUGGUGAAUUUAGAGAAGCUGCAUUUCAAGAUUCAAAUGAUAAAGAGCUUUAUAGUCAUAGUGGAUCUUCUUCUGCCUCAGGUUCUUAUCUGCCAUACAGAGAGAAACACAUUUACCGUCUAGUUUCAGUGGUGCAACACUAUGGGAGAGUUGGAAGUGGUCAUUACAUUGUCUAUAGAAGAGUAGCUGCUAAUACUAAGCAAGACAGUCCUGCUGUAUCUUCUCCCGAGCAGUGGUAUUGCAUGUCUGACUCCGAAGUCCAUGCUGUAUCUGAGAAAGACGUUCUUGAUGCUGAAGCUAGCUUGUUGUUCUAUGAAAAAGUACCCCGACUCUGAAAUUUAUCAACUUGAGUUUGAUCCCAUUGGGCGGGAGUAUAUUAAUUCGGUUAAAAUAUAUUUGAACAAGAUGCAUUUGUUGAAUGCAUUGAGUUAUCCAUACGUGUUUACCAACUAAACAAAAGGAAACACUACCUAAAAGAUGAAUUUGUAAUUGUCAUUUACAAUCCAUUAUAUCUUCUAUUUGGGUAAAAAGGUAGAAGUAUUAUGAGAUAUUAUUGUACCUCAGUAUUUAUUCCUCCAUGUCAAUUUAUUGUAAUUCUCUUU